GCCCCGACAUGCGGGUCCCACGUGUCAUCCCCCACCGCCCUUAUCUCGCUCUCUUCUUCUUCCCCUCCCCACUCCGCUCCGCCACGCUCGCCUGUCCCCUUGUCGAAAUGAUUCUCGCGCGAUCCCUCACGCUCCCGCUGCCCACGCCGUCGUCCUCACCUCGCCGCAGCUUCCUCCUCCCUCCGCGGCCGGCGCGUGGGCUCCCCGUGCGGGUCGCUGCCUGCCGCGCCACGAACGCGAUGGCGGUGGCUCUGGACCCCGCCGUGGCUGCGGCCGUGGGCGUCGGGGAGGAGCUGCCGGAGGGGUACGAUCAGAUGACGCCCUCCGUGGAGCCAGCGCGGCGGCGGCGCGCUGGCGUGCUGCUGCACCCGACGUCGCUGCGGGGCCCGCACGGCAUCGGCGACCUCGGCGACGAGGCGCUCGCCUUCCUCCACUGGCUCCGCGACGCCGGCUGCACACUCUGGCAGGUUCUACCACUUGUUCCACCAGGGAGGAAGUCUGGGGAGGAUGGCUCUCCUUAUUCUGGACAGGAUGCCAACUGUGGUAAUACCCUUCUGAUAUCUCUUGAAGAGCUUGUAAAAGAUGGUCUAUUGAUGGAGGAUGAACUUCCUGAUUCCAUUGACAUGGAGUAUGUUGAAUUUGACGCCAUUGCAAAUAUGAAGGAACCUCUUAUUGCAAAGGCAGCAGAGAGGCUCCUACUGAGCCAUGGAGAGCUCAAAACACAAUAUGACUGCUUCAAGAAAAAUCCAAAUAUAUCAGGUUGGCUUGAAGAUGCAGCACUUUUUGCUGCUAUUGACAAAAGCAUCGAUGCAUUGUCCUGGUACGAGUGGCCUGAACCUCUGAAAAAUCGCCAUCUUGGAGCCUUGGAAGAUAUAUACCAAAAACAGAAGGAUUUCAUAGAGAUAUUUAUGGCUCAGCAGUUCUUAUUUCAAAGGCAAUGGCAACGGAUUCGUAAAUAUGCACAGAAGCUGGGUAUCAGCAUAAUGGGUGACAUGCCUAUAUACGUUGGCUAUCAUAGUGCAGAUGUUUGGGCAAACCGGAAAUCAUUUUUGCUGGACAAGAAUGGUUUCCCCACUUUUGUUAGUGGUGUUCCACCUGAUGCAUUUAGUGAAACUGGUCAGCUAUGGAACAGUCCCUUGUACGACUGGAAAGCUAUGGAAGCAGGCGGCUUUAAAUGGUGGAUAAAGAGGAUUAGACGUGCCCUUGAUUUGUAUGAUGAGUUCCGUAUAGACCACUUCCGGGGGCUUGCGGGUUUUUGGGCAGUCCAUUCUGACUCAAAAGUAGCACUAGUUGGAAGCUGGAGGGCUGGACCAAGGAAUGCCUUUUUUGAUGCGCUCUUCAAAGCUGUUGGUAGAAUAAAUAUAAUAGCAGAAGACCUGGGGGUGAUAACUGAAGAUGUUGUUGAGCUUAGGAAGUCUAUUGGGGCCCCUGGGAUGGCAGUUCUCCAAUUUGCUUUUGGUGGUGGUUCUGAUAACCCUCACUUGCCCCAUAACCAUGAACUGGAUCAAGUUGUGUACACUGGAACGCAUGAUAAUGACACGGUUCUCGGCUGGUGGCAAAAAUUACCAGAGGAAGAGAAGCAAAUUGUGCUCAAGUAUCUACCAGAAGCCGAAAAUACUGAUAUCUCGUGGACAUUAAUUACUGCUGCUCUCUCUUCUGUUGCAAGGACUUCCAUGGUAACCAUGCAGGACAUUCUCGGCCUCGAUAGUUCGGCUAGAAUGAAUACUCCAGCUACACAGAAAGGAAAUUGGAAAUGGAGGAUACCAAGCUCUGUCGGCUUCGACAGCCUCAGCCCAGAAGCAGCAAAGCUGAAGGAAAUCCUUGCGUUGUACAAUCGGCUGUGAAGGUCGCGAUACUAUCUUCUAUUGUCUAUAGCGUGAGAUGUCAGUAGUUCCUUUCAUAAAUGGCUGCCAAACGUGAGACUAUGAUACCGGACUACCAGUCCCCGAAGGCCCGAAUAAUCGUCUCGUGUAUUGGUUGGCAGGUAACUUGCAUGCUUGAGCUUGAAGGUCUUGCAUUGCUGGUUCCAGCUUAUGCUUAAUUGCUUAUAUACAUGUAUUCCCAUUUUGCUUA